ACCGAGACACGCACCUAUUCCAACGCAGCUUAAUUGGGCUCUUCUCUCUCUCGAUAUCCUCGUAAACGUGUCGAGCCCUACGCAGACGUUGGGUCAUUUUUCACUUGCGCAUCGUCGAAUAUACUCUCGAACAACAGACAUGGAUACGAGGGAUUCCAUACCAACUUUGCGGGUAUGGACGCCGUAGAAAAGCUUGACAUGGAUGUGAUACCGCCAGGGCUCUUGUCGCUCGAUAAACCAGCUGCGUGUAGAGAACCCCCCUUUCGGAUGGCAUUCAAAGUUGAAAGGGUCGAGAAGAGCGGUUAGGAGGGAUACAGCCGUGGGUAACCUAGUUAGUAUAAAUCGUGUUUGUAUGUUUGGGCGGGGAGACGAAGUAACGCCCAUGACUACAGGCGAACUUGUCAGCGUAUUGUCUCGGGUCAAUUCACGAGCGCAGACCGUCUACAUCACAUGGGAACACGUUACAUGUGAGCCAUAUUGUCCUCGAAUAAGCCCAACCAAGCCCGAGAAGCCACCCAUUGACUUUAUUCCACAGAAAACCACCAUGGUCGACCCCGUGCCUCGUGUUCUGAAGAUUGAAGACAUCGACGGCCUCGGCAAAGGAUCCUUUGCACAAGUCGGCCUGGUCAAAUCCUCGGAUUACGUCGUCAAAAUCGCAUCGAAUGAUGCUCGCCAGCACCAUGCCCGAGAGAAGGAGGCUUACCAGCGUCUCGGCCGCCAAAGGCUGACCAGGGUGAUAUUUAGUUGGCUAUACCAAGCGGUCGAAGCCGUCCGCUAUAUCCAUUCUCACAAUAUAAUACACGGUGACCUGGGCUGCCAUAACUUUCUGGUCAAGGGCGACGGAAAUCUGGUCCUAUAUGAUUUCGGUGGAUCAAGAAUCGACGGCUCAGAUUGCCUUGAAUUACCGCCUACUCGGUAUUCUAUACCGAAGACCAUCCGUGAUAAUUUGCAGCCAACCAGGCAAGAUGAUCUCUUUGCCCUAGGCACCAUUAUGUACGAGAUCAGUACUGGCCGGCUACUCUGGGAGGACCUGGACGACGAGGAGAUCGAGGUCCGCUUCAUCAACGAACGGUACCCCAGUUUUACGGACGUGUCGGACACUGUAAAGGCCAUCAUAAUCCAAUGCUGGACGGGAAAGCACAUGAACGUGGAUGAGGUGGCCAUUGAUCUAGGGCUCUUCCCGUUUCUUUCGACCAGCUCACCGCGGAUCCUGGGCCUGUCACUGUUCGUUGGUGUCGCCGAACUCACUGUCACGAGCAGAGAAGGCAUAGAGCCUUUCCACUGGUCCCGCCAGGACAAAUUCAUAGCUGAACAACGAGCCACAUCAUAA